ACUUAUACACUCAUUUCUUUCAAUCAUUUCAAUGCAGCAGUCAAGGUUGUCAUGAUUGAUAUUCAAAGUAGAACACUGAUCUUGUCUCCGGUUCCUUCCUUCCUUGAUCGCUCUCGAUUAAACUCAAGCAUAUCUCCAUCAGAAAACCACUGACCCAGUUCUUGAGCUACCUCUGGGUGGUCAAAGACUCAAACUUGAGAGUACAAAUGGCAAACCCUGCACAGAUUACUCUUACGGGCUCCACUUUCUGUGUGAUGCUUACGCUGCAUUUCUCAGUACAGCUUCUCUCAGAGCACUUGUUCUGCUGGAAGAAGCCAAAGGAGCAAAAGGCCAUACUCGUCAUUAUACUUAUGGCUCCCUUGUAUGCCAUAGAUUCCUAUGUGGGCUUGAUUGAUUUCCAGGGAAGCAAAGCUUUCUUUAUGUUCUUGGACUCGAUCAAGGAGUGCUAUGAAGCUUUGGUGAUAGCCAAGUUCUUGGCUUUGCUGUAUAGCUACUUGAACAUAUCGAUAAGUAAAAACAUAGUGCCUGAUGAGAUCAAAGGAAGGGAGAUUCACCAUUCGUUUCCAAUGACUCUCUUUGUGCCUCGCUCUGUUCGUUUGAACCAUCAUACACUGAAGCUUCUCAAAUACUGGACAUGGCAAUUUGUUGUUGUUCGCCCUGUGUGCUCCAUCUUGAUGAUUAGUCUUCAACUUAUUGGAGUAUAUCCCAGUUGGGUUAGCUGGACAUUCACUAUAAUUUUGAACAUUUCAGUGUCACUGGCUCUGUAUUCUCUUGUCAUUUUCUACCAUGUCUUUGAUAAGGAGCUGGCACCACACAAACCUCUUGCUAAGUUCUUGUGCAUCAAAGGGAUUGUCUUCUUCUGCUUUUGGCAGGGAAUUGUUCUUGAUAUUCUCGUAGCAUUAAAAAUAAUUCGAUCUCAUCAUAAAUGGCUAGACGUGGAGCAUAUUGAGGAAGCUCUGCAGAACAUGUUAGUGUGUGUGGAGAUGGUUUUCUUCUCGAUUGUUCAGAAGUAUGCCUACGGUGCUGAACCUUAUAGAGAUGAUGCUAUAUCAACUGCAAAACGGGAUAAGAAGACGGAAUGAUUUAGGAGCCGAUCAGUGUGGUUCAAAAUCAUCUUUGUGCACUGAAUGUCUUCACCUCAAUAUCGAUUUACAGAAUGUCCACAAAUAUAUCCAUCAUAUUCCACAGGACGCAUAUAUGGUGCUGAAAAUACCUUAUUCUGCGUGAGCUAGUGUUUUUGUACCUUUGUCUAAAUUCUAGAGAGCAAGUUCAAUAUAGUACUCAGUACUGAAUAAAUCCUUGUUAAUGCUCCAGUUUUUUCUA